CCGCAGCCCGCUGGCGGCGGCGGCGCGGCUGUGCCGGCUGAUGGAGCAGGACCCCGCGUUCCGCCGGGGGCGGCUGCGCUGGCUGCGCCAGGAGCAGGCGCGGCUGCAGCCCCUGCAGCCCCCCCGGCGCCCCCCGCGCUCCCACCCGGCCCCCCAGGACGGCAAGCUGCGCUUCCCCUUCAAGAGCAACCCCCAGCACCGCCUGGCUUGGGGCGGCGGGGGGGACGCCCCCCAAACCGAGCGCAGCCCCCCGCCGCCGCCCCCCGCCCGGAGGGGGUCUCUGGAUGGGGGGUCGCCGCCGCCCCCUCCCCGUGUCCGCCGCCAGCGCUCGGCCCCCGACCUCAAGGCGCGGGGCCCCGUCCCGUAGCGCUGCGGGGUUCUGCGGACGCCCCCUCCCCUAAAUGGACAAUCACGCCCCCCACCCACCAUCGGGGGUCUCCCCGCCCGGGGGGCCCCCAGCUGCUGUCACACUGCCCGUCCCCCCCGCGUGUGUGUGUGUGUGUGUCUGUGGGCCCCUUCUUACGGGGGAGGCCCUAAUUAAUUAAUGGCGAUGCCGCUAAUUAAA